UCGGGGUCAUGUCGGUCAGCGAGCUGUACAGCCAGUACACAAGGGUCUGGAUCCCUGACUCAGAUGAAGUGUGGCGCUCAGCCGAAUUAACCGAGGACUACAAAGAGGGAGAGAAGGUCCUGCACCUCAAACUGGAAGAUGAGACUAUUCAGGAGUAUCCAGUUGAUGUCCAAAACAACCAGCUGCCCUUCUUGCGGAAUCCAGAUAUCUUAGUAGGAGAAAAUGACCUCACUGCCCUGAGCUAUCUCCAUGAGCCUGCAGUUCUGCAUAACCUGAAGGUCCGUUUCCUCGAGUCCAACCAUAUCUAUACUUACUGUGGUAUUGUGCUUGUUGCCAUUAAUCCAUACGAGCAGUUACCAAUCUAUGGACAAGAUGUCAUCUAUGCCUACAGUGGCCAAAACAUGGGUGACAUGGACCCCCACAUCUUUGCUGUGGCAGAAGAAGCCUACAAGCAGAUGGCCAGAGACGAAAAGAACCAGUCCAUCAUAGUCAGCGGAGAGUCUGGAGCCGGGAAGACGGUGUCAGCCAAGUAUGCCAUGCGCUAUUUUGCCACAGUUGGUGGUUCAGCCAGUGAUACCAACAUUGAAGAGAAGGUCUUGGCAUCCAGUCCCAUCAUGGAGGCCAUUGGGAAUGCCAAGACCACUCGUAACGACAAUAGCAGCCGCUUUGGGAAGUACAUUCAGAUUGGUUUUGAUAAAAGGUACCACAUCAUUGGGGCCAACAUGAGGACCUAUUUGCUGGAGAAAUCCAGAGUAGUUUUUCAGGCAGAUGACGAGAGGAAUUACCACAUCUUUUACCAGCUCUGUGCUGCUUCCAGCCUUCCAGAAUUUAAAGAGCUUGCACUAACGUGUGCAGAGGACUUUUUCUAUGCAUCACAGGGAGGAGACACAUCCAUUGAGGGUGUCGAUGAUGCAGAGGACUUUGAGAAGACUCGACAAGCCCUCACACUCCUUGGAGUGCGAGAGUCCCAUCAGAUAAGCAUCUUUAAGAUAAUUGCUUCCAUCUUGCACCUUGGAAGUGUGGAGAUUCAGGCCGAGCGUGAUGGGGAGUCCUGCAGCAUAUCACCAGAAGAUGAGCACUUAAGCAACUUCUGCCGUCUGCUAGGAGUAGAGCACAGUCAGAUGGAGCACUGGCUAUGCCAUCGCAAACUGGUUACCACCUCAGAGACCUACGUCAAGACCAUGUCCCUACAGCAAGUGGUCAACGCACGCAACGCCCUGGCCAAGCACAUCUAUGCCCAGCUGUUCUGCUGGAUUGUGGAGCACAUCAACAAGGCCCUGCAUACCUCCCUUAAGCAGCACUCCUUCAUUGGGGUCCUGGACAUCUAUGGGUUUGAGACCUUUGAGAUAAACAGCUUUGAGCAGUUUUGUAUCAACUAUGCCAAUGAAAAGCUCCAGCAACAGUUCAAUUCGCAUGUGUUCAAACUGGAGCAAGAAGAAUACAUGAAGGAGCAGAUUCCUUGGACCUUGAUUGACUUUUAUGAUAACCAACCUUGUAUUGACCUCAUAGAAGCAAAGCUGGGUAUCCUGGAUCUGUUGGAUGAAGAAUGCAAGGUCCCCAAAGGAACUGACCAGAACUGGGCCCAGAAGCUCUAUGACCGACACUCCAGUAGCCAGCACUUCCAGAAACCUCGCAUGUCCAACACAGCCUUCAUUGUCGUCCACUUUGCAGAUAAGGUGGAGUACCUUUCGGAUGGUUUUCUGGAGAAAAAUAGGGACACAGUAUAUGAAGAACAGAUCAACAUCCUGAAGGCCAGCAAGUUCCCACUAGUAGCUGACUUGUUUCGUGAUGAUAAGGACCCUGCUCCUGCCACCAACAUACCCGGAAAGGGAUCAUCUUCAAAGAUCAACAUUCGGUCUGCCAGAACCCCCAUGAAGGUUUCCAACAAGGAACACAAGAAAUCUGUGGGCUACCAGUUCCGCACCUCCCUAAACCUACUCAUGGAGACCCUGAACGCCACAACGCCACACUAUGUGCGCUGCAUCAAGCCCAAUGAUGAGAAGCUCCCCUUCCACUUCGACCCAAAGAGAGCCGUGCAGCAGCUCAGAGCCUGUGGGGUGUUGGAAACCAUUCGGAUCAGUGCGGCCGGCUACCCAUCCAGGUGGACUUAUCAUGACUUUUUCAACCGGUAUCGGGUACUGGUGAAGAAGAAGGAGCUUGCCAACACAGACAAGAAGGUCAUCUGCAAGUCUGUCUUGGAGAGCCUCAUCAAGGAUCCAGACAAGUUCCAGUUUGGUCGUACCAAGAUCUUCUUCCGGGCAGGCCAGGUGGCCUAUCUGGAGAAGCUGCGGGCAGACAAGUUCCGGGCAGCCACCAUCAUGAUCCAGAAGACCGUCAGGGGUUGGCUGCAGAAAGUGAAGUACCGCAGGCUGAAGGCAGCUACCUUAACCCUACAAAGGUUCUGCCGGGGAUUCCUGGCACGCAGGCUGGCUGAGCACCUGCGGAGGACACGUGCAGCCAUGGUGUUCCAGAAGCAGUUCCGCAUGCGGAGAGCUCGCCUGGCCUACCAGAGGGUCUGCAGGGCUGCCAUCAUCAUUCAGUCCUUCACUCGGGCCAUGUUUGUGCGCAGAAACUACCGCCAGGUCCUCAUGGAGCACAAAGCCACCAUUAUCCAGAAGUACACCCGGGGCUGGAUGGCACGCAGACGAUUCCAGCACCAGCGGGAUGCAGCCAUUGUCAUCCAGUGUGCCUUCCGGAGGCUCAAGGCCAAGCAGGAGCUGAAGGCCCUCAAGAUCGAGGCCCGCUCUGCGGAACAUCUGAAACGCCUCAACGUGGGCAUGGAGAACAAGGUGGUACAACUACAGCGGAAGAUUGAUGACCAGAACAAAGAGUUCAAGACCCUAUCAGAGCAGCUGUCUGUGGUCACCUCCACACACACCAUGGAGGUGGAGAGGCUGAAGAAGGAGUUGGCACAUUACCAGCAGAGCCAGGGGGCUGAUACCAGCCUGCAGCUGCAGGAGGAAGUGCAGAGCCUGCGCAUUGAGCUGCAGAAGGCUCAUUCAGAGCGCAAGGUCCUGGAGGACACCCACAGCAGGGAGAAGGACGAGCUGAGAAAGCGAGUUGCAGACUUGGAACAAGAAAAUUCUCUCUUAAAAGAUCAGAAAGAGCAACUUAAUAACCAAAUCCUGCACCAAUCAAAAGCUGAAUUUGCCCAGAACUCUGUGGAGGAGAACCUCAUGAUGAAGAAGGAGCUAGAGGAAGAACGGUCCAGGUACCAGAACCUUGUGAAGGAAUACUCCCUGUUGGAGCAGAGAUAUGACAACCUUCGAGACGAAAUGACCAUCAUAAAGCAAACCCCAGGCCACAGGCGGAACCCAUCAAACCAGAGUAGCUUAGAAUCGGACUCCAAUUACCCUUCCAUCUCCACCUCUGAGAUUGGAGACACUGAAGAUGCCCUCCAGCAGGUGGAGGAGAUUGGCAUGGAGAAGGCAGCUAUGGACAUGGCAGUUUUCCUGAAGCUGCAGAAGAGAGUGCGGGAGCUUGAACAGGAGAGGAAGAAGUUGCAGGCACAGCUGGAGAAGAAGGAGCAACAGGACAGCAAGAAAGUGCAGAUGGAACAACCAAAGAAUGACAUAGAUGUGGACCAGGAUGCAGAUCUAGCCUAUAACAGUCUGAAGAGACAAGAGCUUGAAUCGGAAAACAAGAAGCUGAAGAAUGAUCUAAAUGAGCUGAGAAAGGCAGUAGCUGACCAAGCUGUACAAAACAACUCCACCCAUAGCUCCCCAGACAGCUACAGCCUCCUGCUGAACCAGCUCAAGCUGGCCAAUGAGGAGCUCGAGGUCCGAAAAGAGGAGGUGCUGAUCCUCAGGACCCAGAUUGUGAAUGCUGACCAGCACAGACUUGUCAGCAAGAACAUGGAGCCAAGCAUUAAUGCCAGAACAAGUUGGCCCAACAGUGAAAAGCAUGUGGACCAGGAAGAUGCCAUUGAGGCCUAUCAUGGGGUCUGCCAGACAAACAGCCAAACUGAGGAUUGGGGAUAUUUGAAUGAAGAUGGAGAACUCGGCUUGGCCUACCAAGGCCUAAAGCAAGUUGCCAGGUUGCUGGAGGCACAACUGCAAGCCCAGAGUCUGGAGCAUGAGGAGGAGGUAGAGAGUCUCAAGGCCCAAGUGGAGGCCCUGAAGGAAGAGAUGGACAAACAGCAACAGACCUUCUGCCAGACACUGUUGCUGUCCCCAGAGGCCCAGGUGGAAUUCGGUGUCCAACAGGAGAUAUCUCGACUGACCAGUGAGAAUCUGGACCUUAAAGAACUGGUAGAAAAGCUGGAAAAGAAUGAGAAGAAGCUAAAAAAGCAGCUGAAGAUUUACAUGAAGAAAGUCCAGGACUUAGAAGCUACUCAGGCAUUGGCUCAGAGUGACAGGCGGCAACAUGAGCUCACAAGACAGGUCACGGUCCAGCGGAAAGAGAAGGACUUCCAGGGUAUGCUGGAGUACCACAAGGAGGACGAGGCCCUCCUCAUCCGGAACCUGGUGACAGACCUGAAGCCCCAGAUGCUGUCAGGCACUGUGCCCUGUCUGCCCGCAUACAUCCUCUACAUGUGCAUCCGGCACGCGGAUUAUACCAAUGAUGACCUCAAGGUACACUCCUUGCUGACCUCCACCAUCAAUGGCAUUAAGAAAGUCCUGAAGAAGCACAAUGACGACUUUGAGAUGACAUCGUUCUGGUUAUCCAAUACCUGCCGCCUCCUUCAUUGUUUGAAGCAGUACAGUGGGGAUGAGGGCUUCAUGACGCAGAAUACCGCAAAGCAGAAUGAACACUGUCUCAAGAACUUUGACCUCACCGAAUACCGUCAGGUGCUAAGUGACCUCUCCAUUCAGAUCUAUCAGCAGCUCAUUAAAAUCGCUGAGGGCUUGUUGCAGCCUAUGAUAGUCUCUGCCAUGUUGGAAAAUGAGAGUAUCCAGGGGCUGUCUGGUGUGAAGCCAACCGGCUACCGGAAGCGCUCUUCCAGCAUGGUGGAUGGGGAGAACUCAUACUGCCUGGAGGCCAUCAUCCGCCAGAUGAACUCCUUUCAUACGAUCAUGUGUGACCAGGGCCUAGAUCCUGAGAUUAUCCUUCAGGUGUUCAAACAACUCUUCUACAUGAUCAAUGCUGUGACUCUUAACAACCUCCUACUGCGGAAGGAUGUCUGCUCAUGGAGCACGGGCAUGCAACUCAGGUACAAUAUAAGUCAACUUGAAGAGUGGCUUCGGGGAAGAAACCUUCAACAGAGCGGAGGAGUUCAGACUAUGGAACCUCUGAUCCAGGCAGCCCAGCUCCUGCAGUUGAAGAAGAAAACCCAGGAGGAUGCCGAGGCCAUCUGCUCUCUGUGUACCUCCCUCAGCACCCAGCAGAUUGUCAAAAUUUUAAACCUUUAUACUCCCUUGAAUGAAUUUGAAGAACGGGUAACAGUAUCCUUCAUACGAACAAUCCAGGCCCAGCUACAAGAGAGGAAUGACCCUCAGCAACUGCUGUUAGACUUCAAACACAUGUUUCCUGUUUUGUUUCCAUUUAAUCCAUCUUCCCUGACCAUGGACUCAAUCCACAUCCCAGCAUGUCUCAAUCUGGAGUUCCUCAAUGAAGUCUGAGGAUGUAUAUUUGCAACAAGAGCAAGAAGGAAGCACAUGCAGUCGAGUGACAUCCAGGAUCUUUUAAAUCUGCCAAAAGUAGAUCAAACCAGUUAGCGAGCCUGUGGAGAGCACUGAACUAAGCAAAGUGACGCACCUUGGCCAUUGAUUUUUUUUUUGUAUGUGCUGCUCAGAAUAAAAACACUCGAAAUUUGGAAGAUUUUUAAAGGUUUGAUUUCGGUCUAAGCAAAGACACAUCAUAAUGAACAGCUCCAGGCAGUUCAGGAGCCAUGUAAAAAGUGCCCGUUCUGUAGCGUGGAAGCCACUUGGUUUUGAUCUUUGUGUAUUACUGGACAGUGUCCAAAUUAAGAUAUUUUUAAAAAUUGCCUUCAUAGGUCUUUUAACAAACAAUGAUAUUAAUAACCAUAAAGACAACAUUUCUAAAAACAAGAGAUGUGGAUUAGCUGGUGGUUAAAUGUUUUAAGGCCAAAAAUAUGGACCUGGGCCUCCUGAGAUAGUUCCCAAAUGUAUUCACUAAUAGCUGGUAAGAGAUAAAAGUGUAACUGACCUCCAGACUAAACAUUUUGAAUAUUGUUUCUAAUGCAAAAUGAGAAGACCCAGACCCUAAUGUGCUCAAGUCCUCCUGACAGUCUCAGGUUUGUGGGAGAGUUACACUAAAAACACUGCUGUCACAGAUGUCAACUAUGAGAAAGAUUUUUGGGGUAUUUACUUCUCUGAAAGAAUAAAAUAGCUUAGGCAAACUUGCCCUUUUCAGGUCAUUUUCAGACUUACUACAUAAAACGCAGUGUAACCUGCUAUGAAAUAAACAUUUAAAAGAAUACUUAGUAAUAAUACAACAGGCUUAGGAAUUUACUGCUCUUUGUUUUCAAGGACCUUUUUUUUCUUUUUUGACUCCAAACAUUUAGCUAGAAAAUCUUACAUAUUUUUUCCAUCCAUUUUAAAAUUUAUCUUUUCAUACUUAACAGUAUGCUGUUCCUAUGACAGUUACAAAUGGUUAUCAAAUCAUGCAAGAGUUUUCAUAUUCAUAUUACAUUGAGAAUUCUCUACACAUUAGAACACAACCCUGAACAGCACCAUCAUGUUCUCAGCUACUCUGUUUAGAAGGCUCUUGGGAAUACAGCACAAUUCAAGUCCUAAAAAUCCUGUGCUCUUAGAGGUCUGAUCCUCAGCCAUCCUUAUCUGCUGAGGCCAGAACAUGUUCCAGCACCUGGGUUGAGACUCUUGACAGCAAAUGGAUUGUCAUCGGCAUUAUCCCCUCUGUGUCCACAUUAAACAUCCCAGCCUCUCUUGGGUUUCUCCAUGGGCACCUUCCUGUGUUCUCAAUUACAGCCCUGACAUCCAUAAUAUGCCUUUAACCCCAAAUGCUGUUUGGAAAGCCAGUUUAAAACCACUGGAUCUAUGGCUACCUCUUUAAAGUUGUUUAUGAAAUACAAUUUGCUUUGUGGUGCACUUUAGUGUUUAAAAUCAACUUGUGUAAAGACUGUCCUUACCUUCAAGAAAACCAACAAUUCUUUGUUAUUAAAGUGAUAAGCGUUUUUAAGAAGCAGCAAUUCCA